GCCUCCUACCAGCUUCGAGGCGUCUCAGUGGUCCUUUCGUCGGCUCCGGAGCGGUCCCACCGCCUUCCCCGCCCGAGGCCACGCCCCCGUGCUCCUGCCGCCUUAUUUUCCCCUGAGUCCCAAGGCGCCGCGCCUUGGCCCCGCCUACAGCCUGAGGCCCCGCCCCCGGCGCCCCGCCCCGCCCCGCCGUUUGAAGCGGCUUGGGCUGCGGCUGCUUCAGAGUCGCGCGCGGGGCGUGGGGCGGUGCGGAGGAGCCGAAGCUACCGCUGUGGCCAGCUCGACGCCGGACAGUCCAGCGAGCAGCGCGGCGGGAGCCGGCAGCCGGAGCAGUCCCGGAGCAAGCAGCAGCAGCAGUCGUCGCUGUUGGCGGAGCCUAGCCGAGCCGACCAUGGCGUUGUCGAUGCCGCUGAAUGGGCUGAAGGAGGAGGACAAAGAGCCCCUCAUCGAGCUCUUCGUCAAGGCUGGCAGUGAUGGUGAAAGCAUAGGGAACUGCCCCUUUUCCCAGAGGCUCUUCAUGAUUCUUUGGCUCAAAGGAGUUGUAUUUAGUGUGACGACUGUUGACCUGAAAAGGAAGCCUGCAGACCUGCAGAACUUGGCUCCCGGGACCCACCCACCAUUUAUAACUUUCAACAGUGAAGUCAAAACGGAUGUAAAUAAGAUUGAGGAAUUUCUUGAAGAAGUCUUAUGCCCUCCCAAGUACUUAAAGCUUUCACCAAAACACCCAGAAUCAAAUACUGCUGGAAUGGACAUCUUUGCCAAAUUCUCUGCAUAUAUCAAGAAUUCAAGGCCAGAGGCUAAUGAAGCACUGGAGAGGGGUCUCCUGAAAACCCUGCAGAAACUAGAUGAAUAUCUGAAUUCUCCUCUCCCUGAUGAAAUUGAUGAAAAUAGUAUGGAGGACAUUAAGUUUUCUACACGUAAAUUUCUGGAUGGCAAUGAAAUGACAUUAGCUGAUUGCAACCUGCUGCCCAAACUGCAUAUUGUCAAGGUGGUGGCCAAAAAAUAUCGCAACUUUGAUAUUCCAAAAGACAUGACCGGCAUCUGGAGAUACCUAACUAAUGCAUACAGUAGGGAUGAGUUCACCAAUACCUGUCCCAGUGAUAAGGAGGUUGAAAUAGCAUAUAGUGAUGUAGCCAAAAGACUCACCAAGUAAAAUCGCGUUCAUAAAAGAGAUGUCUUCAUGUCUUCCUCUAAGAAUAUGCUUUCCUAACAGGCUACUCCUUCUUACAGAGCAGAAAUUGUAUUUUGCACGAACAUGCAGUUAUUAAAGAUUAGGAUCAAGGAUAGACAAGGUGUAGUAGUUAUCUUAAGAUAUACACUCCGAAGCAGUAUUAUUUUAAAAUCGUUUUACCCUGCCUAUCUUCCCUACCCGGGUUCCCCUCUCUUUAAUUUGGAGACACUCCACCACAAACUUUUCACCUUAGAGGUAGCUUGCCAUCUCUCAGGAGCCCUCACCGUUGUGUCCAUUCACUGUGUACAGAUGGCAGAACUUUUGAGGUGCAAUGUUUAAUUGUUAAAAUAGUAGCCAUGACUUUAUCAGGCAGCCCCAAACUGGUGCAUAAUGCAUGGUACAAGGAAUAUUUAUGUAUUUUUUGGAAUUUUGUAAUAUUUAGUAAAAGUAUAGGAAAGGAUUGCUACUGUAUCAGAAAUACUGUUUCAAUUUAGUCUAUCCAGGAUAUGUACUAACGACUAUUACCACCAGAGAAGAGAGCUUUCUACAAAAGUCACUACAGAUUUUGCUAUAUUGCUUUGUAGAUAGAUUUUUACUUUUGCCUAAAAGUAUUUAUCCUUCAUACCAAUUGUAACAUCUGACACCAUGUAGAAGCUAAAAGUUUAGAGGGAGUGAGGGUUUUCUCAAGACCUUCCUCAAGCAUUUUAUCUUUAUAAGAGAAAUUGAUGGGCACCUGAUACUCUGUCUAAAUAUGUUUAUUAUAUGUGUUUUGCCCUGUGCCAUUCAUUUGGAACAUUAUUGCUUUCUUUAUUUUAAAAAGCUUGUUUUUAGGUAAUCAUAGAGCUUGCUAUUUGUACAUCUUUUGAGCAACACUACAUAAACUGAUUUUUAGUUGAUUUAGCUAUAGCAGUACAAUGAUUAGUAAUGUAAAAAUUAACACAGAAAUUAACCUAAGGAAUAAAGGGUGGGUUUGUCAAAAUAUCAAGUGAAUUUUUAUUUCGAAAGUACAUUUAAUGUAGAUGACCUAAAGAAUGCAUUAUCCAUCCUAUAUAAAAAAAAGAUAAAACACAGGUCACCAACUUUCUCAGUUCACCCCAUUUACCUUGUAUAGAGGAUUGUUCAUUCCUUUGGGACUAAGUUAUAAUUAUGGUGAGUGUGUCUUUACUGUAGUUUUGCCUGAUCUCACUCAUUGCAUUUCCUGGAGUUAAAUUUUCCAGUAGCCAUGUUGAGGACUAGCACUCUGCAUGUUUUUGUUUUGUUUUUCGGUGUUUUUUAAAAUUGAAGUCCUAAAUCAGGAAUUAUUUGUGCUCUAACAAGGGAGGAUGAACUUGCUGAAAAUAAAACUUUGCUGUGUAUUUACUCUUUUUUAAAAGACAAAAACAAAACCAGACUUUCUAAGUACUACUCCAAAGACUGUGAUUGUGACUAUAAUACAUUUUUUGGUAAUUUUUUUAUACCUAAUUUGUAUAGGAAGUGCUAUUUCUCAUAGGCUGUUUCUUGAAAUUUUAAGUUUAUUGCUUUAAAAGGGCAGUGUUUCUCCCACUUUGAUAUGCUAACAUUUAGUGAGCACUGGCUUUAUGGAAGCAGCUUUUUAUAAGUGUCCUGCAUUUUUUGAACCUAUCAUUAAUUAGCUUAGUAUGAAAGACAAGAAAAUCUCCAUGUCCUAUCCAUUUGGCUUAGGGAGAUUCUUUACCAUACCUUUCUUAAAACUCUUUAUUGCUUAUCAAAAGUUUUGAGUACCCGCCUUUUUUUUUUUUUGUAAUUAAAUAUUGUAUGAUUUAUCUGGUUCAAGGAAGAAGCACUAGUCAGUUAUCUAUUGAGAAAUUAUUUUGCAGUGGUUUUAGUGGGUGAAAGUGUCCCAUCUGCACCAGUACACAGGCAGGCAUUCUCACUCUUCACCUACUUUUUAAAUAGUGGCAACUUGGCAUUCAUUCUGGUGAUACUGAACCUUGCCUCAUAGCUUAAAGUAUAAAAAAGAUUCAAGAACAGUAAGGUUUGUUCUUUCCAGUGAACAGUGGACCAAGUGGUGCAGGGUGGAGGGCUAACAGGGGAAAGAGCUCCAUUCUUCAAAAUACGGUGAUGAAAAUUCAUUUUGAAACUCAAAUAUUUUCAUUUUGGAUAUUCUCCUGUUUUUAUUAACCCAGUGAUUACACUUGGCCAUCCCUCUAAAUGUUCGAGGAAGGCAUGUCUAUUGUGAUUUUGAUGAAGACAGAAUUAUUUUUCUCUGUAGAAAGACAGAUACCACUUUAUCAGGGAAGUUAGUCCAAUGAAAUGGAAAUUGGUAAAUGGACAAAAGCUAGCUAGUAAAAAGGACGAUCCAGCAACAUGCUUUAACCCCAUUGUAUGUUUGUGGAAAGAGCAUAAUUUAAAAUCUUGAGAAAUUUGGGACAUAAAAGUUUUCAUAGUAGACAGGUCAUGCAGUAUAUGAAUUGACAUAACGGAAAAAUCUGAUUUUAUUUUUACAACUAAUGAAUCCAUUCUCCUUCAUUUAAACACCUUUUGUGUUUUACUUCAGUGAGGAGAUUGGAGUCUGAAUGGAUCUGUUUUCCAAGAGAUUCUGAGAAAUUUUUGUAUUCAACAGUUGGAAAGCUCUCUAUUCUAGCUGAUAAAACUUCCCUUUUUUUUUUUUUUGAUGUAGAUGCAGAUAUUCUGUACAGUUCUGUUGUCUUUUACUAGGACUGUUAACUUUUAUGAUAAAAUUCAAAUAAGAUUUUAUUUCUUGGUAAUUUUGGCUUUCACAAUUUAUCUUUAAAUCCUUGAGCAAUCUGUAUACAAUUAAGAGAUUUCUGACAUUUAUUCUUACACUAAGUGGAUCAACUCUAGGAUUUAGGCACGUUAACUUUAUUUCUGUUGUGUUUUGAAUCUCUCCGGAGUUGCAUGUAGAUAGCAUUGAUUUCUGUGUACUUAAACCCAUUUAGAAAAUAACUACAAAGUAAAAAUGGAGAGGAAAUCGAAAUGUAUUUUUUCAUGAACAUUUUGAUACAAAGUUCAUCAUUUAAUGAUUCAUCAAUUUCUUGCAUUAAUUUGAAUUAAGCAUUUAAUUCAAAGAGAGGGGAGCAUUCAUUAUUGAUAUAUGUGGACUUUUAAAAACUCCAUCCUUUAUAAAUAGUCAAGGUUUGGGCCACACAAAGUAUAUUUUUAUCAUGGAAAAAUUUCAACUCCUCAAGCCAUCAUGUUGAACAGAAUUGGAGUAUUUUCUUUAGAAUUUCUGGAACAGGCAAAUGAAAGCUUAUUAUAGGAUGCAUGUAUUUUCUUUUCUCUUUGGAACAUCAACACCAGUAUAUUGCUGGCAGCUAUGGUAUUAAAAAUAAAGUAUAUUUUCACUAUCAUAAAGGAUUCUUUUUUCCCCCCCUCAUGAAAAUAAACAACAACUUGGGGUAAAA